GUGAGGAAUGAUUAUCCAGGGGCUUGCUGUUUAUAGGAAAACAAUCAACGAGGUGACGGUGUUAUGAAGCUGAGUCACUGUUACCGCAUUAAAGUGGACAGCAGUUUGACAAUGAUUCGAAUUUAUUUGAUUAACAAUCAAAUCAAUUGUACUUUUUAUCCUCUUACGGUUACAUCUGACGUUGCGGGACGUCUGCGAGAACAGCUAGGUCCUGUUACGUUCGAGCAGCUAUGAACACUCGUUCAAUCGCCUCGUUUCUCCCCUCGACUGAAGCGAAUCGAGGACGUAAAACCUCGGCUUGUCACGUUACGGAGAAACCACAACGUGUAAACUCUGACACUGGAGACUCCUUCCGACGACGUUAAAUAAACCUCCCCUUCCAGAGAGCUUCGUCGUAUCUUCGCCGUACGUUAUUCCUUGGUUCAUAAAUCUAUUUAUUAUAUUAAUACUAAAAAAAUGAACCCUUCCGAUAGAAUCGAUAACAUGAGUACAAGUGCAGUGAUUUAAACCUGUGAUUGGCAGGUGCACUAUUGUCAAGGCUGCUGCUACAGGAAAUUAAUCAACACCUUCUGACCAAUCACAAGCCAGAAUUCAACAGCACUGCUGUAUAAAUCUUUGCUUGUAUUUCCUCGUUUGUAAAUCGCUUUGGAUUAAAAAAAAAAAAAAAAAAAAAAAAAAAAAGUGUCUGCUGCGACACUGCCCGUGACGUCACGCCCAGCUCGUACUCUGAUUGGCUGGUUUGCAUGUUGCGCUUGUGUAAGGAAGGAGAAGACAGCCAUCUUCGUGAGGUCGAAAGAUGCCCAGACAUUGCUCUGUCACUGGCUGCAAGUCACGUGACAACAAAGAGGCUCGUUUCGCUGGAGUCACCUUUCACAGUUCCGUACAUUACCCAACACGUGGUUUGACUACCAGUGGUGCAGUGGGAUUUAUCCCUCGCUUCAUCUCUACCUAAAGAGAGCGAUGCAGCGGCGCUUUAGCAGCAUUUUCGCCAACAUCUUCGCCUUGAACGUCUCCAUGUGACAUCAGAGCAGCACACAACCGCUAACGUCUCACAGGAAUAGCGAAAAUACAGCACCGACCAGAAUCACUAAACACAUCAGAAAUGAUUCAAUAUAAACAUAUUUAAUGUGCUUUGGGGAGGAGUUUCCCUUUAAAGUUGAAACAGUCUUUGUCUUUAUGCUGGCACAAUAUGUUUUUUUGUUUUUUUUCCUUUUCAUUUGAUUUUAAUGAUGUUUAGGUUGCCAAAGAAGGGAAACCCUCGCCGUACUACCUGGAUUGUCAAUGCUCGGCGCAAAGGUCCCGGAGGAAAAGGGCUUUGGGAGCCUCAGAGCGACUACAUCUAUUUUUGCUCCAAACAUUUCACCCCCGACAGCUUCGAACUCUCCGGAGUCAGCGGAUAUCGCAGACUGAAAGAUGAUGCCGUGCCCACACUGGUUGAAAUCCCUUCUGGGCAUAAAGGCAAAUCCUCUAGAGGAAGAGGAAAAACACAGAAUGAGGACAGACAGUUGAGCACCACGACCAGAGCUGAUAAAGAGAGCUCAGACAGUAAGGAGACCCAGAUUAAAGUGGCUCUGGUACACAUUGUUGGACAUGAAGAAGCUGAGAGCGUCAAGAUAACCAAAGAAGAACAUAAAAAUGAAAACGCCGCUCCGUUAUCUUUACCUUUACAAGAACCUGCACCUGAUCAACCCACGGAAAUCCCCACUACUCCACCUUCCCCGUCGCGCUACAUGAGGCGCCUCCCUCCACCUCCCGGCUUUUACCUUGCCAAGGAGCACAGCUACGCUCAGCUCUGCCCGCUGGAGUGGCGGAAACGCUAUGAGAAAGCCACGGACAAUUUGGAAAAGGCGCUGCGUUUGCUCAGGGCUGCUCGUCGCCGGGAAAACCGUCUCCGACUCACGCUGCUGCGCCUCCAAGAGAGCAGACUCAAGCAGACUUUAUCUCAAAUUCAAGAUCGAAGGAAGGAGAGCUAUGAAAGCCAAACUCGGUCGAGUCGGGCUCGUCAGAGUGGGAAGCUGGCCAGACCAGGACAGGACAGGGAUCUGGAAGGGAUGGAAGAGAGUGAGAUAGAGGGCACAGGGGAAGAAAUGGAGCUUCUUACAGAGGAAAGUUGGAGGAAGGAACACGCUGCUAAGCUGAGGGAUGGCGUGGAAGACGAGGAAGGCUGCUGUUUUUAUUGUGGACGAGGAAGAGAGGACGAGGAAGCCAAAGAAGGCAGGGAUCAAGCGGGAUCUCAGAGAAGCACAGCGUUCCAAGGCAGAAGAGCAAGAGGAAGGAACACGUCCAGAGUGUUAAGAGAAUCAGAGGGCCAAUCGAAACCUCCCGUGCAUCAGAACAUCAAUCCUGAGCAGCUUACCCUUCUUCACCCUCAGCCUGAAAUGCUCCUGCAGAUGCAUGCACUUUCUGGACCUACGCAAUCCACAGCAACGUUCCGAGACGUCACUUCUUCGCCUCAGCUACAGCACCUCCACCUCCUGCAACCCGAUCUGGGCCUUCUCCAUCCAGAUACGUCAACGACGGACAUCGGCGUGACCCAGAGCGAGGACGGAGGAGAUGGGAUGUGUCAUGUAUUUUUGGUUCCUGUGUCUUCUGAAACCAAAGAGAAGAGCAGGAUCGGUGGAGAAGCCUCCAUUCAGCAAACCCAUUCGAUACUGGUGACGGAAGAAACCUUGCAGCACGUGGUUAGCGAACAAGGAGACGGGCUAAACGUUCAGAGCGACGACAUGGGGCUGAGUCAUACUGCGCUGAAAAAUGACCAGCAGGCAAAUGUCAGAGCCACGCUGGUGGGUGGAGACGUCACGCAGAGACUAAAGGAACAUCUGGAAGGGUUUCAGCUGCAGCUCAGCAGUGAAUUUAUCGAUUAGUUAUGCUGAUUUAUUUAUUUAUUUAUUUAUUCAUUCAUUCAUUCAUUCAUUCAUUUGCCUAACCAUACCAACUAUUUCACUUACUAUAGCGUACUCCCUGUACGAUAACUUACUCCGUUCUAUCUGGAGAAAUAAUCAUGACAUACACUUACCGCGUACUUUAUUAGAGACACCUGCUCGUCACAGUUAUCCGAUCGGCAACGCGUAAACUCUUUACCACCGUAACGUACAACACGUUGUAACUUGACGCGGAUGAGCCACUCCAGCAGAAGACCACAUCAGCUUCCACUCGUCUCAGACGACAGCAGGAACCUGAAGCUGCGGAAGGCCCGGGAUACUCAAACUGCAACACUGGAAAAAGGCGAAAAUGGCCUAACGAGUUCAUUAAACACAUGACGAGCGGGUUUAAAGGUGUUCCUAAUAAACUGGACGGUGAGUGUACGUCACUUAAUUUGUGUACGUUGCGUUAACGUACUUUUUUUUUAAAUGUAAAGCUGGCGUCGCAUUUAAAGGUCCAUCGUGUUUUCGUCCUCGACUUCUAGCUCGCUCACGACGCGUAGCUACUGCGACGAUAACAACCUCUCGCUCUAAUAUUCGCGUAUCUGGCUUCUCAUAAAUACUUCAUAGUAUGUAACGCCCAAGCUAGCGAGUAGCUCACAAGUAUUUAGGUGUUUACCGACGAACCACUAAGAAGAACUGACCGGGUUGGGGUAACAGCGAACUGAUUUACGGCCGUUCCUGUAGCGUAGCUGUGACCAGCCAAAAUGAAAGAAAACGAUAUGUAGCGUGAACUCGUUCAAUCCGGUGAACAAGGUGUCGUCGUUAUUUGUCUGUAUGAAAGAGGAAUACUCGGAAUGCAGUAUUUUAGGAAGUGUUCCAAAGCCUAGUUUUGUCGAGUGAUAUAAGGUUACUAAUUACUCGCAAGUGGGUUUUUUUUUUUUUUUUUUUUUUUUUUUUUUAAACUUAUUUUCAUAAUUUGACUCUUAAGUCAAGCUGUAAUUAUAGAUCAUACGUUUUCUCUCCAGAAUCUCUGUCAAUGUGGAUAAGUGUGUGUGUGUGUGUGUGUGUGUGUGUGUGUGUGUGUGUGUGUGUGUGUGUGUGUGUGUGUGUGGCUGAUUUAAAAGAGAAGAUGACAUUGGAGGAUGUACUAUAUUGGAACAAAUGAUUUAAUGUCCCUCUUCAAGCACUUGUUUUUCAUUCAUAAAUAAACGUAUUAUUAUUAUUAUUAUUAUUAUUAUUAUUAUUAUUACUGUUAUUAUUACUGUUAUUAUUAGAAUUUUUUUUACAAAUAAAAGUUUUGAUGCGUUC